UUUUCCACUCCUUCCUUUUACUUGAAUCGCAAAACACGAGUUUACGGCUCUUGGGGUGUUAUCGGAAUUCUCGAGCAUAUUUACAAGUGAUGUGCAUCCAGUAGUACAAUGUUCGAACGCGCUCAACAGUCUGCAGCCGUGAAUAUCACCGACAAUAAGGUGUUAGAACACGAAGAAUUUUUGAAUCGCAUCAAAAAGACACUGUACUACGGAUCUUCGGCGGUGAAAUGCACCAAAAUCAGUCGCCCCUUGGCCGAUUAUGCGGCGGACAUUUUCAGCGAAUCUCACCGGGGACAUUCCCUCAGCAGACUAAAUUUUGUUACCGUUGGGAAUCUGACCGUAACGCCCUGUUCCCUCAUCCUGGCCAUGAUCUAUCUGGACCGGUUGAAUGUGAUUGAUCCUGCCUACGCGAGACGGAUUACGCCAUCAGAACUAUUUAUAGUAUCGAUGAUGGUAUCAACCAAAUUCUAUUGCGGUUACGAUGAGGAUAUUUACUUAAGUGCCUGGGCCAAAUCUGGAAAUAUGUCCGUCGAUCAUAUGAAGGAGCUCGAGCUUGAAUUUCUUGACGCAAUAGGAUGGAAAAUAUACGUUUCCAAUCAGGAAUUUUUUGAAAAACUCAAAUCUGUCGAAAGAGUGCUAGCCAAACGGCAAGGUCUGACCCGUGGUUGGCUUACCUAUACCGAGCUUAUCAAUUUUCUACCUACUAUGACGAUGGCAAAGCAGAUUCUCAACUACAGCACUGUAAUUGCGUUGAGUUACACCGCCAGCGUGAUGACCAUUGCUGGGGCCUUCUUCAUAGCUAGUAACAUUAACGUACCUGGCAAUAUUUUAUUCCGUUCAGGAAAUUCUUCUCAAAGUGCUACCGAUCCACUAUCUGCAUCUACUAGUUCCGGAAUCGAAAAUUCGUCGGCUAGAGAAAACUGCAGCGGUUUGCUUACGCCAAAUGAUCCGCAAACGACUGAUCAUUCACUUACCCUCGAAGACUGCGAAUGCUCUCUACAGAUGGCAAUCGAAAGCGUUCAAAUGCUCAACCAGGCAUACUUUAGCAACAAUUCAAAAUUGCAAUCCCAUCAUCGUAAGGCUGAAUUUCACCGCGGAAGAAAAAGAUUUGUUCCCAUUGCCAAGAACCAGAGUGGUGCGAUAGUGGAUUGGAAAAAUUUCCGGUUUUUGUUCGACAUGAACGCCAACAAUGAGGGCGAUGACGAUGAUGAAACCAACCAAUAUGACGACGAGUUGCUGCAACUGGAUGAACUGGACGGACGAAACUGUACCUAUGAAGAAAUCAUUCCACUACUAGCUUAUGGCGGUAGGUCCCAAUGUUAUUUGGCCAACGUCAAAAAUGUUCAGUCCGGAGGCGUCUACCCGAGCUACAAACGAACCUUUGAACUUUUUAGUUCUUUUCUGAAAUUUUUGUAAUCACAAAAAGUUAUAAAAAGAUAAUAUUUGCCUUAAUUUAUUACUUUUUUUCUUUAAAUUUACCAUCAAGUUUAAAUUUAACCAUUCUUUUCUUUUCAAAUUAAUUGAAAUUAACUUUUUUAACAUUGUUUUACUAACACUUAGAUAGAUAAAAAAUACGAAAAAAGUGUACGAACUAAAAAACGGUUACAAAUUCUAAAUCUUUCAAAAUCAAGUAUUGCGAAAAAAAUGUAAACAGAAGUACCUUUUGAUUCAAUUCCAUUUUUAAACGAACGAAAAGCAAGUCUCAGAUUCAGGUUAACAGACACUUGAAAACUACACCGUGAAAAGUUAAAUUCUUGUUAAUUUAAAGUAAAAUUACUUUUCGAGACAUUGGUAUUAAUAAAAUUCUAAAUUAUUUUUUCAA